UGUCUAUGUAGAUGGAUCUGUGUGAUACAACAUCAUUUGCACACCACAAUUUAAUAUAUCUUCUGCUUUGUUUGGGAGAGUAUACAGAAUACAACUUUGGAAUUACAGCAGAUGGUUUGGAAAAAUGUACGGCUUUAUUAAUACUUGUCUGAAGUCACUGGUGAUUGAAAGGUUUGGAGAAGAGACAUGGGAAAACUUAAGAUUAAUGGCUGGGGUCCAGGAAACCUUCAUGACAUAUGAAAUCUACGAUGAUAUCAUCACCCUUCGUUUAGUCCAAGAGGCUUGCAAAAUGCUGGAUGUCUCCUCCGAGGUGGUUCUGAAGUUGUUUGGAGAGUACUUUUUCAGCUUUUGUAAGAUGUCGGGAUACGACACUAUGCUGCGAACGCUUGGAGGAAAUCUGGUGGAAUUCAUCGAAAAUCUUGAUGCUCUGCACAGCUAUUUGGCAUUGUCUUAUGAGGCCAUGAAUGCUCCAUCCUUUCGGGUGGAGCGGAUGGACGAUGGCCGAAUUCUCCUCCAUUACUACUCUGACAGAAAAGGACUUUAUCACAUUGUGCCAGGUAUUAUCGAGGCUGUGGCAAAGGAUUUCUUUGACAGUGAGGUUACGAUGACCAUACUGAAUCAAUCAGAAGAGGAUGAGCGCACCGGAAAAAAGGAACAUGUUGUUUUCCACAUGGUGCAGAAGGAAAAGGUCACCAAAAGAAAGGCCCAAACAAGACAGAACAACAGUGAGGAGGAAAUACUAGAGGUGAAAAAAGACAAGGAGGAGACAAUGAGGAGGAUGAAGGCCAGGUAUGCAAACCUGCAGCUGUGUCCAAGGAAACGAUCUCCAUGGGAGCUUGUGAGAAGCAUUGUCAUGCUGGGCCAAGGCAAUCUGCGGCAGUCAUUCACUCCCAGCUACCCAAAAACACUGUGGAUUGAAGAGCAGGCCUUCUGUAAUGCUUUUCCCUUUCACAUAGUUUUCGAUAGUGACCUGGUGGUGAAGCACACAGGUGUCAACAUUCAGAAGUUUGUUCCUGGACUGCAGACAGCAGGAAUCCGACUGGAUGAGUACUUUACAAUUGUUCACCCAGAGGUCAUCUUCAACAUCCAGAGCAUCAAGAAGUUCAUUAACAGCCAAUUUGUGCUAAAAACCAGGAGGGAAAUGUUACCAGAGGUCCAGCAAAACCAACCCACUCUCAAAUUGAGAGGACAGAUGAUGUGGAUGGAGUCGCUGAACUGCAUGAUCUAUCUGUGCUCUCCAAAGCUACGAAGUCUCCAGGAGCUAGAGGAACGGGGUCUUCAUCUGGCUGACAUCGCUCAGCAUGACACCACAAGAGAUCUGAUCCUGCUCAACCAGCAGAGGCUGGCUGAAAUUGAGCUUUCCAAUCAGCUGGAAAGAAAGAAGGAGGAGUUGAGGAUCCUCUCGCGCAACCUGGAGAUCGAGAAGCAGAAAUCAGAAAAGCUCCUCUAUGCCAUGCUGCCGACGCAUGUUGCCAACCAGCUUAAAGAGGGCAAAAGAGUGGAAGCGGGUGAGUUCAAAGUGUGCACCAUCCUCUUCAGUGAUGUGGUCACAUUCACUAACAUCUGUGCAGCCUGCGAACCCAUUCAGAUAGUCAACAUGCUCAACGCCAUGUACUCCAGAUUUGAUCGUCUUACAAGCAUCCAUAAUGUCUAUAAGGUGGAGACAAUAGGUGAUGCUUACAUGGUGGUUGGUGGUGUGCCUGUUCCUACAAACACACACGCAGAACGGGUGGCAAACUUUGCCCUCGGUAUGAGAAUUGCUGCGAGAGAAGUAACCAACCCUAUCACAGGACAGCCCAUACAGAUUCGUGUUGGCCUGCACACCGGUCCAGUUUUGGCUGGCGUUGUAGGUGAGAAGAUGCCACGAUAUUGUUUAUUUGGAGACACGGUAAAUACAGCCUCUCGGAUGGAGAGCCACGGGGUCCCAGAUCACAUACAUGUGAGCCCCUUCACUUUCAGUGUGAUAAAAGACAAAGGAAUCUUUGAGAUGGCGGAGAGGGGUGAGAUCGAGGUGAAAGGCAAAGGCCUGAUGAGAACAUACUUCCUGCUGAAGAACCUCCAGAAGAGCGACGAACAGAUCAUGGGCUUGGUUGAUGGAGAGAUGUGUGUGUACCAGGAAGACCUGGAGGAGGAGACGGAUGACCUGAAGGAAGUGAGUCCCGAAGACAUGAAUGCUGUGCUGAAAGUUGAAGAGGACGCACAUAAGGAAGUGGCUGAGAAUGGGAAUAAUCACACAUCACCACCAUCCCCAUCAUCUCUCCACUCAGACAAAAGCUCCUCCGAUCAUUUGAUUCAGUUCGACAUCACGCCAGCGUACGACAGCCCGAAUGACUUCAAACAUCUACACAAUGGCCAUCACUCAGAUGGCAUUAACACAAAGUUCUGCUCCAUACUUUAGUCCUGUGUUUCUCAACCAUAUUGCUGGAGGACCACCAGCUCUGCACAUUUUCCAUUUCUCCUUAAGACACCUGAUUUAGAUCAUCAGCAAAGACGGAAAGACCUGUAAUAGGUUUGACAGAAUAAGGACACAUACACAACAUGCAGUGUUGGUGGUCCUCCACGAAUGAGAUUGAGAAAUACUGCUUUAGUCCAACGACGCUCAUUUAAGGCAAGUUUCAAGAAGAUUGAAUUUCAAAAAUACCAUUUAAAAGUCCACAAAUCAACAUCUGUAACCUAAAACCAGCAGCACGACACACUCUGUAGUGUAUAAUGACUGUUUUCCCAGCUCAAAAAACAGUAGGGAAUUUCAGCUUUGUGCAUGCAGAUUUGUCACGUGGGAAAGGCAAGUCUCUCCAUGCUGAAUCCCAGCGCCAGGCUUCAUUUGCACCUGCUGGUCUCCUGCUGGUGAAGGCCGGCAGAAACACCAACCCCACUGAGAAAACUCAUUUCCCUCUGGAGAAAUUAAACACUUAUUAUGAACUGUUUUUGUGUGGAAAUCUGAUGGCAGACACAGAUGACCAGAGGUAGGCAAACAUAUGGUUGCUGUUCAGCGAUCAAAUGUUUGUUUGUGAUCGUCUGCGCUCUGUUAGGUAACAUGGGAACUAAUUAUUCGAUGUGAUUCAAGACCAUGCAAUGUUUUUCUCUCAAAAACAAGGACUGCAUGCAAAUGUGCCGUGUGUUAUUAAUUUGCUUGCUGCUUCUGUGUUUGAAGGAAAUGUGAUUACAGAGGAUUUCAAAUUUUGAAAGAAUGUUUAAGUCUGAUUAAUGAAUAGAAUAAAUUUAAAUUUCAGCGUACUUGUAAUAACAAUAAUAAAAAUCUAUUCUAUGAAACACACCUGCUUGUAAAUACCAAUUAUACGAAUCCCUAUUUGCUAAGAAUUGAUUAAAGUGAAUUUUGCAAUGUAUACUACCUGACAAAA